AUGCCAGGCAUCUCAGAAGGCCUCAAAUCCAACGCCCUCCCAGCCCCCGUGCUGUUCGUAGCCGGAAUCAUGGGCCUGCUCUUGAUUGAACGUGGCAUUCGAAGUCGAGCAACCGGUCGCCACACAUCGGCGAAGAUUGAGGGGAUCAAGGAUGAAGACGACUACGACACCAGGAGGAACAAGAGGCAAGACCUUCAUCAGCGGCGGGAGAAGACGUCGAGGGCCGGUAGUUCAUAG